UAAAGAGAGAGAAAUGAAGUAACAUGAUGGAGAAAUGGUGGAAGGCUAAUAAUGUUGAGAUUUCACCAAAUUGUCCUAGGUGUGGUUCUACCAAUACCAAGUUCUGCUACUACAAUAACUACAGUUCAACUCAACCACGGUACUUUUGCAAGGGCUGCAGAAGAUACUGGACCAAAGGAGGAUCCCUCCGCAACGUGCCGGUUGGUGGUGGCUGCCGCAAAAGUAGAAGCGCUAAGUAUAAUAAGACCUUCAGACAAGCCAAUAACUCAGUUGGCUAUUCUGAUGAUUUAAUGGCCUCACCUAAUUCAGUGGUGUCAGAUGCUCCAAGUAUUGAUCUAGCACAAGUUUAUGCGAGUUUUCUCAACCAGAAGCCAGAUCAAGCCGUCCAAACAGUUCGCUAUCCUAACGAACCAGAUUAUUAUUCAUGCCUAUUGAACACUACUGAUUUUGGCCAUAGUGCUCUCUCUGAAGAAGAACUUGGUCUCACUGAUUGUUUGCAUUUUCAUGAACAAUCCACAGAAUCACAUUUCGGUGAGAGUUUCCAAAUGUAUCUUUUCGGGUUCAACUCUAUCCAUAAUCAUCAAGAAUAUUACAGUAGCAGUUAUGAUACCACAAAUAAUACAAAUUUUGAGUUGCCACAGUUGCCUGGUGAAGAGACAGAAAUCUCACACGGUGAUAUGUUGUGGUCCAAAUCCAAUUCUGAGAUGAUGCUCGAUCAUGCUUUGCAAGCCUCCCAACCGCCCCUUUUUGGACCUCAAUCUCAUGAUGCAGACUUCAUUAUGGGAAAUUGUUGGAGCCACUUCGAUUUGCCAAGGGAUGCUUCUUUUUCCACGCUUUGAUAAUAUGUAUGAUUCUUCAAUACUAUUGCCUCAAUUUGUUUUGCUUCUUAUAUGUAAUUUAUAGUUUAUGUAUAGGUUCGGUCAAAUCCACUAAUAAAUAAUUUGAAUAUGUAAGCAAAUACAGUCUUAA